AUUUAUAUUACUCCUCUUGACACCUCUCUAACUAACUCAUAUUCUCUCUCCUCCUCCAUGCCCCAUUCUUUUGCACACACACGGAUCUGAAAUGAUAUCCAUCCUAACUCACUCUCUCUGAUUGGACUGCAUCAUGAACCAGGCACCUUUACCAGCAGCUCAAGUAUCUCUUCAUUAGUUUAAUUUCCGAUUCAACUUUCAGAGUAGUGAGUUUUGUUAAAUAAUAGUAAUAAUGGUUGGAAACCCUUCAUUGCAUAUCUCAUCAUUUCCUAGUUCCUUAUCUUCAUCCAUGAUUACAACCCUUCCAACAAACUCCUUUAGAAGUAUAAACAGGAUAAGACCUAAUUCUGCAGAUGGAGGACAUGUUCAACAACCAUCGUCUUCUUCAGAAUCAUCGAAGAAUAAUUCUCUUACACUUGUUUUGGACAUUCCCCGCGCCAUUUGGACCCGAACUAUCCGUCCAUUGACUGAUUUUGGGUUUGGUGGUAGGACCAUUUGGGAAGGUGGUGUUGGACUGUUUUUAGUUUCAGGUGCUCUUCUUUUUGCACUUAGUUUGGCUUGGUUGAAGGGUUUUCAAAUACGAUCCAAGUUCAGGAAGUACACUGCAACAGUUGAGUUUUCUCAGGCUUGUGGUAUAUCUACUGGAACGCCGGUGAGGAUCAGAGGGGUGACUGUCGGUGAUGUCAUUCGAGUCAAUCCUUCGUUAAGAAGUAUUGAAGCCGUUGUCGAGAUUGAAGAUGAUAAAACAAUCAUACCACGAAAUUCGUUGAUUGAAGUUAACCAGUCAGGUCUUCUUAUGGAGACUAUAAUUGACAUUACUCCUCGAGAUCCCAUUCCUACGCCUUCAGCUGGUCCGCUUGACCAGGAAUGUCAUAAAGAAGGUCUUAUUGUGUGUGAUAGAGAAAAGAUUAAGGGUUACCAAGGGGUAAGUUUGGAUGCAUUGGUUGGCAUAUUUACCCGUCUUGGGCGAGAUGUAGAGAAAAUUGGUGUUGCCAACAGUUAUUCAUUGGCUGAACGAGCUGCAUCUGUUAUUGAAGAAGCUAAACCACUUCUUACAAAGAUCAAUGCCAUGGCUGAAGAUCUUCAACCUUUGUUGGCUGAUGUCUGUGAUAGUGGCUUGUUCAAGGAAGUUGAGAAUUUAACACGGAGCCUUACACAAGCCUCUGAUGAUUUGAGAAGGGUAAAUUCAUCAAUUAUGACCCCUGAGAACACUGAACUGAUCCAGAAGUCCAUUUACUCUCUCAUAUUCACCCUGAAGAACAUUGAGAAUGUUAGCUCUGAUAUUUUAGGCUUCACUGGUGAUGAAGCUACAAGAAAGAAUUUGAAGUUACUAAUCAAGUCUCUCAGCAGGUUACUGUGAAGUCAAAUUCCAAUUGAAGUAGAACAUAAUGCAAAUAGUUUAUUACCAAUGUUUUUCAUCAACCACAACAUUGAGGGGGGAAAACAUUAAUUUCCUAAUGGUUCUUGCAUUCUGCUGUGAUAAAAAUUUAACUUCCCUUAUUUUGAAUGAAGCAUAGUUUGCAGAUGAUUGCUCUGAGCAUAUCCUUAAUUUACA